UUGUACUUCGCUUGGGAACGUUCAUGGCAGAAAACGAGGCUCCGGCGAUGCAUGGUCCUCGCCUCGAUAUCUCCAAGCUACAGGACAAGAAGAACAAGAAAUUGUCACGAAAAUCCACAACUAUCAUAGCAAGAUUUCCUAUGACCACUAGCAACGACAACAAUACAGGUCUCUUGUCCCCUCCCUCUCAGUCAAAGGAAAUGCAAGCCGAGCAGGAGCAAGAGGCCAGACAGUUGAUUAGUCCUCCUCCAGAGGAAGAGCUGAGAUUCUCUAGACAGCCUAUCGCUUCUUUACUUUCGUUAACCAAUUCCAAACGUAAACGCUCAGUUCAGUCUACACAUAAUUACAGCCCACAAGUCACUCCCAAUCCUAAACCCCGCAAGCAAUCUAAACAGACUCAAGCUAUUAUUUCUCCUACAAAGUCCAGACUUCACUACAUCGAAUCACCCCAUGCUAACAACCCCGACGCGGAUUUCGUUGCGUCUACUCGGAUUCGAGCGAGAUUAUCAGACGAAUCAACAGCAUCGAAUGCAACUAGGCGAGGGAGACGUAGCGCAACCCCGAUCGUUAUUCCAUCCUACGAACCACCGAACGAAGUUUUCACUCCACCGAGGGAAAUAACGCUCACCCCAAGUCCCUCCAAACCCAAAAGGGCACCCAGGAAGUCGGUGCGAAAGGCUUUAUCGGUGAAGAUCGAGCUCCCAUCCGACAUGGAUGCUCUUCUGAAGGAGCCAAUGCCGCCUGCCAGUCCGACGGAUGAUCCUUUACUGCUUAGUGGGCCAGUAGAACCAGACGAAGCCCUGGAGAAAGGAACACCGAUGGAGGUCGUUGCUAUCACUCCUCGCAGACCCACAAGGGGAGGAGAAGUGGAAGCGAGCCUCCCGCCAUCGUCGCCCCCUUCACCUCAAUCUCCAUUACGAGACAACAAUCACGAUCUGCCUGUAUCGUCAUCGCCCAUCGAUGGCGUUGACUACUUUUUCCCACAAGAGCCCUCGAAUUCCUCCAUGCUGACCUCGGAUGACGACGAUGACAUUGACAUGGAUAUCAGCCUGGCCGACGCUAAGGGUCCAAUCCCCACUUUUGUCUUACCUCCACGCGGCAAAGUUGAUCAAAGCAUUGCCGAAUGGAGUGAUGAAGAAAAUGAGGACGUCGGAGCUGAACAUUUACGCAAGGGAGGUGAGGAAGUGGGUCAAGGUGAAGGCGAAUACACUGGCAAGUGGAGAAUGUGGAAGGUUAGGACCAAGACCGAUCCUCCCAGUAGUGCGACGAAGAUGAGAAUGGAUAGUUGGGGAAGGCCCGUUAGCCCGUAUCCCCCUGAGCUUUUGCAAAGAAGUGGCAGUCCAUCACCAGGCGGGCGUGUUGGGGACGCCGAUAACACGGUGCAUAUGGUUAAAGAAGAUGCUGGAAAGGAAAGCGAGCAAGAGCGGGAUGCCAGUAUGGCCGAGGCUGAGGGAAACGAGGAGGAGGACCGCUCAAUGAGUAUCGAACCGCAGGUCCGUGGUGAAGAUGAAAACGCUGGUGCAGAAGAGGAGGAGGUCCGGGCCAUGAGCAUCGAACCCGAUUUGCAGGACGAUUCUGGAACGGAGGAUGAAAGAGAAGAAGAAGAGGUCAGGGAGAUGAGCUUUGUGGAGGAGGGCGAACCUUGUGGUACUACGCCUGAUGAUGCUCUUCCCUCUCACUCGACCUCUUUCGCCCAGCCUGAUGUAGGAUCACCGCAGCGAACUUUCCCUCGUCUUUCCCUCGCCGGCACACCGUCACGCCCUAGAUUGCCGACAACCAUCCCCCUUUUACGAGACCUCUCCUUCCUUCAGAAGUCGCCCGUUAGGAAGACUCUUGAACCGUUUAGCGCAACGUUGACAAACACCGGACGGGGUCGUCCCCCCAAUGGUGAUGGUCCCCAUAUCGACGAAGAUACACACCAGGAAGAAGAAGCAGCGGUAACGGGACAAACUGAAGUUUUGGAACGGGAGAAUGAAGGGCAUGAUACGCAGUCAUAUGAGGAUGUUGAGGUCGAUCUUCCCUGUGGCGACGAGAGUAGUGAUGAUGAACACGACCCUGGUUUGGUGAAGAUAACAAGCUCAGAUCCCAGAGCUGCAGCGAGGGCCGCCGCCAUAUUGAGGCAGCAUGAUUACGACUGCUUUACUAAAAUUACAGCUCGUGAGAAGAGACGUCGGCACUCCUCAUACAGUGACGCCGUUCAUCCUCUCGACAGCCUCAAGAGGACUAACAGGAGGCGCACUGUGACUGCAGCAGGAGUUACGAAGUCACAGCCCGACAAGGCGCGCAGACUGAGCCUCGGUACUGUGGUUGGAGACAAGGUUUAUAUUCCGGGCAGUCCUGUUGUCACACUCGGCGGAUUAUUAGACCGGGCUGCGAAGGAAGUGGGCUCUGCCGAAGUAAUUGAACUGGGAAGAAAUAGCACCAAGGCUUUCGAAACGCCGCUACCUUCUCUUCGGCGUCGCUCCCGUUGUGAGGAAGAUAAGUUGGAGUGGACGAGGGAGGAUUGGAAGGCACUUGAUGCGUGUUUUACGGACGAGAGGAUUGCCCUCGGUGAAGGAAAUCUGGACGUUGACUCCAUGGCCGACGUGGAUGCCGUAGAUCUGGAUAAAGUUAUUGAUAACUUUCUGGAGCUUAGUGACUUUGAGGAGCUCAAUAUAGACUCGGGGAGUUCAUGGUCAAGGGAAAGCUUACGGACACGGGCUGAAGCUAUCAGGAAGAAGCAGAGGGGCGGCAAAAUUGCGCCGCCCACACCUCUAGGGACAUCGUUGCGUUCCCAAUCAAGAAUUUGGUCUCCCAUGGGUAGUGGUAUCAAUUCACUUCCCUCGUUCAGCACGCCCUCAGCUCCUAACCGUACCCACUCGAAUACCUGCAUCCCUACAUGGACGCCUAAAUUGACGCCUCUACCAACCAGAUCUGCCUUGCCAGCUCCUAUAGGGCCCGGGGCCCCAUUUAGCACACCCAGACCCGCUUUAAUGGCACCGAGGUAUGGAUAUCUUCUAGAAGAGGCAGAACGUGUUAGUCGGGGAAAAGCAACGGUACCACUGCUAGAGGAUCUUGAGGUCAACGAAGAAGUCGACGAGGAGAUCCAUGAAUCUGGGGAGGUGGACGGAUCGCCCGAAGUCUCUCUCGAGUCCACUGAUGGAUGUGAUUCCCCUUCCGUCCGAGAACCACAAGGGCUUGGUGGACGGAUGAAAGGCCUUAUUUUCUCCUACCUCCCCACCCUUACUAAGGACUCCAAUAAGCGUUCAAAGGAAGCUUCUCAUCCUCAUGUCGGAUUACCGCUCCCGCCUCCUGAAGUUCUAUCGAAACAAAGAGGGCCGAUUGCUACACCAGCUAGAUCGGCGGUACCACGAGGACCGGCACCGAAGGAUCUGGUAUCGCUGAACCACCAGGAUUUGCCACCUAAGACGAAGGUACUUGAGAGAAAAGAGCCGAAGAGGUUGGUGGACCUAAGGAAGGUGCAACCGCCGCCUGACCCCGAGGCUCGGAGGUGUACAGGCGCUGGAGGUUUGAGGAGGAAGGGGAGUGUUAAGGAUCUAGUGAAGAAUUUCGAGGAGAUGGAAAGAAGUGUAAGUAGCCUUGGUGUGCGAGGAGAUCCUGGAUUCAAGGGGAAAGGCAAGGAGGCGGUGAGACCUGCCUGGAGACCAUGAUUUUACUAAUUUUCCCCCUUCUCGUCGAGUUGAGAAGAAGCACGAUAUGACUAAACGAUUUUUAUGAUCUAUAUAUGACCCAUGGUAUUACUCCUCUUUUCAUCUUCGACAGUAUGUUUCCCUUGUCCGCUUCAACCUCUGUUUGCGAUACAUGAUAUAUAAUCUCCUCUACGCCGGGCGCGUCUAGAGCUGUAUAGUAGCCCAUGUAUGGGCCUUCCCCGCACAACUGAAGGAUAUUUGUUGCAGUC